GCGCAGUUCCUGGAACGGACAAAAACAAAACAAAUGACAGCCGAACAGCGGACUAUGACAAUCUUCACAUGGCAUGUUUGUGGACCGGCUUAAAUCUAGUUUUAAUCUCGUGGAGGACAAUAUGAACAGCACUGAAACGAUGUGGAAACGUAUUUUAUUAGAAUAAACCAGCAGCUGAGGUUUAGCACAGCUAGCUCUAGCUGGGAUACGUUUUGUUUUUGACGAAUCUCUGGCACCAUGUUUACAUUAAACGACGCUUUCAGGGUUACCCUAUCGUGUUCCGAAUACUCUCAACGACAAAUAGAAAAGCCGCCAGGAGUUUUUUCAGUCUCUAGUUUAUCAUAAAGUAAGCUUUUUAUUAGCAGAUGAGACUAGUUGUUAGAAAAAUAGGCGAUGGUAGUUUUGGGGUUUUCUCUGAUCAAUACUGUGAUCGUUUCCACUCAUAGGUUCGUCCGCUUUUGUGUCGCUUUUGUUUGACUUAACACUUAAAAUGGAGGCCGUGAGACCAAAAAAGAGCAAAACAAAACACACUGGAAAAUCUCAGUCGACCAGGAAGCAGAAGCAGGCUGAAGAGGAAACAACAGCCAAAACUCACAAAGUUGUCUGCGAUGAGGCUUCCAGCUCUACCUUCACUGAGAUCCCCCUCAGCCCACCUUUCGAGGAGAUCAGGGAGAAAGGACCAGACUCAGUUAAAGCCUCUGAGAGUGCAGGACAAGCAUCACCACUGCUUUCUAGGGGGCAGCAGAUCUCUUUGCUACAGACUUCAUGCACAUCCGAUCUAACCGAGACUCUGCAAUCAACUUUGAAUUUAUCAACAGUGGGACCACAAGUUGAAGUAACUCUGACAGAGACAAACAAGAAAGAAGAGGCAAAUGAUGAGGAUGGAGCUGAGGAGGCCGUGCUUGAGGUUGGACCACAACCCACUGAGUUAGGAAACAACUUACAGCUGUGGAGUCAGCCUUUUGCUACACCUCAAUUUGAAGAACCCAGUGCCCCUGCAUUAUACCCAUCUCUUACUGAUCUGAACGAUGGUCCUGUGAUGCAGUUAUGUGAGGAAUCUGAGGAGAGUUGUACUAAAGAACCUGCUGUGCUAGCGCUGCCAGAGCAGGAUUCUUCUCCUCCAAGUUUGCAGCCUCUGGAGUCCGUAGCUGAUCUUUCAAGGAAUAAACUGUACCCAGAGUUACCAAGCACAGCCCCAGAGCUGCAGGCAUUCUCUCCAGAGCAGCUGAGCGUCUGGGAGCCAGGAGGGGGCCUGCAAUCUUGGCUGGAGGGUGUUGAGGUUUGUAACCUCCAGUUCUGCACUCUGGCCCGGCAGGAAAACCACGAACUGACGGAACUCCUUCAGAACUACUGGCGCUGUCGCAGACAGCUGACACAGUCACACACUCAGCUGCACACGCAGUCCUCUGACUGCAAAAGCACACAGAAUCGCCUUUGGACCUUCAGAGAUGAACAACUCACGCUUCAGGGUUUGUGUGCAGACCAGUCUAAAGUGUGUGGAUACCACCGUUUCCAGCAGGCAGAGUUCAAUCAGGCUAUUUUGUCUGAGCUACGGAAACUGAUCGAAGCCUGCAGUGAGCUGCUGCACCAAAAGGUGGUGCUGCAUGCAUACACCGCCCUGCUGUCACGACUGCAAGUGGAGUCAUACUUGUAUCACCUUCUGAAAGAUUGCUCUGGCAGCCAAUCACAGCCCUGCUCUCUCCAACCCCUUAAAGAAGCCAUCAGCGUCUUGUUUAGCUUCACACGAAGAGUUCUCGAUGACGCACAGUUUCAGACAGACGUUCAUCUCUGGCUUGAGAGAUUGGUUGCCGUCCUGCUGCAUAUAGGAGGGUCAGGUGAGCACCUUUACCUGUUGUGUCAUCUUUUAUGUUGUCCUGCUGGAGUGGGAAAGUGGGCCGCACACUUCCUUCAAAUUCACAUCUGGGGAAACACGUCAGGAGUGCAACAUUUUAUGCAAGCACUAGCCAUCCUAAUGUCACCUGCCAGACACCGUGCAGAGUUUCUGGGUCACAUGAAGCCUUUGGACAACCAGAGCUCAGGAACAUCAGGACCAGAGUCUGGAAACUGGACUCUUGUUGAUGAAGGUGGAGAAGAGGAUGAGGAUCCGGAGAGCAGCUGGUUGCUGCUUUGUGAGGAGGAUCUCAUUUCCCUGCUAACCCAGUUCCCCUUUCAGCAGCUUUACUCGCACAUGCUCGGGAUGAGCAAACAAGGUGUGUAUGAGCCCCAGGCCUGCUCCAGUCAGAAGCUGAUGCGGAUGUUUGCGUUUGCGUCCUCGCUGAUUGAAAUUCUCGCGCUUGGCUUGCAAACCUACAACAGAGCGCGGUACCGGCAGCUCGUCAAACGAAUUGGACACAUCAUACGAAUGACUGUGUGUUAUGUCAGCGAUCACUGGGCCCAGUAUGUGAACGCUGGUGAUGCUGCAGGAUCCAGCAGCCACGUUCACUCCCUUUCUUUGGAAAAGCUGCAGCUGGAAUAUGACCACCUGUUCCUCAGAGCCGUGUUACACGUCCUCAGAAACAAAAGGCUGGGCAUUUGGCUGUUCAUGUCUGGGAUGCCAUAUGAAACUUUGUCCAGCACCAUGUUGUGGAAAGUCCUUUAUGUAAUGCAGUGUGCAGAGACGGCAGGGUUAGAAACCCUCAGAGCUACAGCUGACACACAGGCCUGCCUUCAGGCUCUUAGAGACCCAAAUCACCAGGAGAGAUUUGAGCAAUGGCUGUGUGAGGUGAACAGUUCUGAUGGCAUAUCCCUGCUCACGGCGCUGGCACACAUGGCAACACCGACCCAGCACUCUGACCCGGCAUUUAUCACCACCAUAACUCUGCUGAUCUACCAGGUUUCCUAUGUGAGUGUGUCUACCAGAGAAACUUACUCCAAGGUGGGGAGAGAGCUACUGGCUUCCAUAGCAACGGCUCAUCCCUUUGUUAUCUCUGUGCUCCUGGAAAGACUGAGGGAGAGCAUCCAGAACGUUGGAAUGGUUGCACUAUACUUGUGUAAGGAGCUGCCUUUAAGUCAGUGGCAGCCGCGGCAAGAAGAAAUCUGUGUGAUUGGAGGCUGGCUGCUCCAGCAUCCUCUGUCUGCGGUGGAGAACCGCUUAGCCUGCGUUAUCCUGGAGGGUCUAAACUGGGGUUACACAGAGGAAGGGGUUUUGGCUCUGCCAUCGUUCCUCCACAGAGAAGUAGCCCUGCUGGUGGCUGAAGCCUAUCAGAAGUACCUCACGGACAAACCGUACAGUGGACUCCUUUCUGAGGGAAUCAAACAGGCGUCUUACCUCGCCAGCAUCCUUCGUCUGGGCGUGUCUCCUGAGGCGUCUUUUAGUCAGUGGGCGUGGCAACUUCUGCUAAGACUGAAACUCCACGUCAAUGCCCAGAACCCCAAAGGAGCCUGGACCGUUCCUGCGCUGGCAUCAAACCAGCCAGCUGAGCUUCCACAUGAUCCCAGCAUGCACUCUGUUCUACGGGCGGUAAAAACAGGCCUCCCCAUUGGAUGCUAUUUGUCCAUUGCCAUGACAACAGUGGGACAUAGCUUGGAAAACUUUUGCACCGAUGGAGUCGGGUUGUUUAAGACUCUGAUCCAGUCUCGCCACCUGAGAGCUGCUGUGAACCUGCUGGAUAACAUCCUGCCUCCCACGUACCCUCUCAGCUUUUAUCUGCUCAAAAACUCCCAGUUUGUAAGCUGCAUUCAGUUGUUCUUGCAGUCUGACAGUGUGUGUCCUCAAGGGGUGACGCAGCAGGUCACUCAUCGAGUUGCACCCCUCCUCACUGGAACCACCUACGGAGACAAUGUCCGUCUGCUGAACAGCGUCAUCCAGAGUCAUGUGAUUGAAAGCUUGCGCCCCGGUCGUGUGGGAGCCUCGGCGGUGUUGGAGUUUUGGGUCGGGAUCCUGACUCAGCAGAACUUGUGGUACAGAGACAAGACCGUUUUGUUUCUGAUGGAUCAGAUCUGCUGCGCUGCCUUCACUCACCACCAGGAGGACUGUGUCCAGAAACUUCUGUACCAGCAGCACAAGAGUGCUCUGGGUUUCCAUGGAGACCGAGGUCUGCUCUCCUCCCUGGUUGGCUGGAUUGCUGGAAAUGCCACACCAUCUUUCAUUGAGGGUCAAUCUCUUAGUGCAGAGGUUUGGUUUGCCUGGAUGGUCCUUAAUAUGGAGGGCUUGUUUGAGGAAGAGUCUCAGCUGAGACGCUGUGUUGAACACGAGCUGCUGUCAGAGAACAUCUCUCCAGAUCAAGCUUUAAAGAAGGCUCAGCAGAGGCUGAAGUUGCCUGUGGUCCCGUCUCUGCAACGUCUGCAAGUGUAUCGCUGGGCGUGCCAGGCCAUAGCCACGCCCCCUGAUCACCCCCUCCUGCCACUUGUGUGGCAGAAGUUCCUUCAACUCUACCUGAGACAGCCUGGACCAGAGUAUGGGCUCGCUGCGGGGGGGUGUAUCGGACGGAGGUUCUUCCAGGGCUCUUCCCAGGCCACUGUGCUGAAAGAUCUGAGGCAAAGGAUACAAGAAGUGUCAGACUUCCAUCAUGCAGCAAGCCAAGCACUUCGGGUGCCCCUGCCUAAUACCCCCUCAUCCGACUCACAAAGCGACAAAAGCUCCUGUAAUCCCCAACCGUACAACCUCACCUCACCUCAGCUGCACACCGAGCUGGUCAAAUUGUUUGGUGUGUUUGCUUUGUGGAUGGAUGAUGAGAGUCUCCAGAACCAUGAGGUUUACCUGCCCUCUCUCCCCCCUGAGUAUGAAUCUCACAGACUGGCACAGGUCAUGCAGCAGCAGCAGUUGUGGCUGGAGUUUGUGGACCAGGAGCGUCUGCAGUUUGAUGAGAUGGAGGUUUUGUCUUUGUGGGAGAAAGCUCAGAGCGAGCCGGCUUUCCUUCAGACUCAGAACCUGGGCUUCACUGACCGCUCCAGUCUGAGCAGUGCAAAAGAGCGGAUCCUGUCCAGUCUGAAAAAACAUCCCAUUCCUCUGCCGGCUCCAGAGUUACAGCCACAGAAAGCUCCGGUGGCUGCCAUUGCAAAUGUCUGUUACACAGACCCUAAAGCUGCUGCUGAAAUGUUACAGCAGGACCUCCAAACUUUGCAAGACCAAGCCAGAAUUGCAGUUGCACGGGAAGCCCAGCAGGUGGCACUGGAGCACGAGCUUCUGGAGAGCCUUCCCUUGUUGUUCAAGAACCGACCAGAGCAGGUCACCAUGGCCCUGGAGUGUAAAGGGAAGGGGGGGCAGCCCUGCCAAGGACCUGCAAACAUCACCGUCACAUGCGAGCGCGUCCAAAGACAGGAAGCAGUCCACAGCCAGAUAACCUCCCUGCGAAGAGACAUCAAGAAGCUACAGAACGACUCCAUGGCGCCUCCACCUCAAAACCUGGCCCAGGCCGCCGUCCACACCGAGAACUUUAUCACGGCUUUAGUCAACACAUACAAAGCAGAGAAGUCUCUGGCGCUGCAGCAGGUUGGUGUGACAGCAUUUUACCAAGUGGUCUCCUUCGUGUGUGAGGACACGCUGCGACAUCCCCCGACACGCCAGUACCUGUCCUCCUGUGUGGAGAUCCUGGGACAGGUUUUUAUCCAGGGAAAUGCAGAAGAGUGCAGUCGUGUCCUAAAGGCCAUCCUGGAGCAGAGGCGUCUGUGUCCUCUCAUUUCCCCCUUCUUCACUCCCAACGCCGCGCCGAAUCAGCUCGUCUCCCUCUACCAGGACGUGGUGACAUCCCUUCAUCUCGACAGCGCCGAUGUCAUUUUCAUGCUGCUGACUAAGUUUGACCUGACACAGUGGCUGAAUGAUACCAAUCCAGUGUUUUCGGAGAGAACUCGCUUGCUGGAUUUGGUUCACGGAGCUCUGUGCGUCUGCGGCCGAGAACCCGAACCGGAACUUCUCACUCCUUUUCAUCUCUUCACCAAACACUGGAGCUGCCUUCUGCGCCACCAUUUCCCAGACCAUUACAGUGAUUGCCUUCGGCUGCUCAUGACCAGUUCAUCAAACCAGUUGUUGAGUCCAGAAUGCUGGAAAGUGACCCUGCGCGUCCUCGGAUGCUUACCUCCAUCCCGCAGCCCCAAAAUUAAAGUGGAGCCAUCAGCCAGCACUGCAGCUGCAGCCCCAGCAUCUCCUUACAGAUCCGCCAUCAGCCUCUCCACUCAGCAAGUGGAAGAGACGGUUGACUGGCUGAGCGACUACUUCUUGCGAAGCCGUCUGAAUAAGCCGGACCUGCGCAGCUUUGGCCUUUAUUCGGCCUGGACUUCCUACGUCCCGGAUGUGGCGUCCUUCUGGGAAUAUUUGCUCAAUUACCUCAUCAACGUGCGGCUCAGCAGCUGCGCCAGAGAGCCAGUGGGAAGCAGCAAAAUACUAAAAGCUCUGCAGGAUCUCCACUGUAAACUCGUGAGGUUAUUUCAACCGUGGAUCUUCCCUCUGAAUGCUGGUGAUGGCAAUAGCGUCAAGUGUUACCCCUGGCUGGAGACGGAGGCCAGUGGAGCAGGAAGUCUGGUUGGUCUCUAUGUGCAACUCACAGACAGUCUUCAUCACAAGUUCAGAGAUCGGCUGCUGCCUGGUCAGAGAGGAGCUCUGUGGCUGUGUAUGAUGCAGUACUGUGAGAGCUGCACCUCUCCACGCACUCCUGAGUACCUGCUGUACCUGUACCACACACACCUGCACAGCCUGUCCUGGAGACACCUGCACCCUGACACUCAGCUCAUGGAGCAGCUCUUCAGUGUGGAGAGAGGAAGUCCUAAAAGUUGCUUUCUCUUUAUGGGUGAAGUCUUGUGCAAUGUCAACUGGAUCAGUGUUUUAAGCCACUACUUACAGACACCUCCCAGCUCUGCAGCGUACCCAACCUUACCGAACACAGACGCACAGAGCGAGUCGCAGAAAAUGUUGGUCUACCUGCUGCACAUGCUAGUUUUUUUAGCCAAGGAGGAUACGCUCUUGAGUCAACAGGACUCCCCUCUACUCAGUCUGCUGGUUCAGUCCACUUCUCUGCCGUGGCACCAGCUGGAUCUGUCGUCGUACCAGAGCAUUCUGGGAUACGUUAGCACGCACUACCCCUCGUCUCUGCUGCUCAGCGGAGAUUCUGCUCCUCAGCUGCUGCUGAAAUCCCUCCGCAGUGCUGCAGGGCUCCACCCUCGUCCCACUGAAGCCCCACACCAGGAGGAGACGCUCAAAGCCGGACUGUAUGUGCGCUGGUGUGUGCAGUCGCUCGUCACUCUGGAGCAGGGAGGUGGCAUCACCCUCGGUGUUCUGGAAGCUCAGCUGGAAGCCCUUCUAGAGGGCGUUGUCACAUUCAACCCACCAGCUCCACACUCUUGUACUCUUCUCUCUGCAGAGGUGGGCUUGGAGGAGAGGCACAUGGCAUUCUGCAGCCUCUUUAGCGACGUGCUGGCUCUUCUUAACGGGGUGGGGGUGUCGACAGGCGAGGCGCUCUCUGCUCACGUCAUCACCUGGCUGGACAGGAAGGGGAGGGGCUUUCCGAUUCUGCCUCUUCUCACAGCCUGCUCCCGUUGUCUCGCAUCGGUGCGACACAUGACGCGGAUCAUGGAGGCAUGCAUCACUGCAUACUUCAACCAUGCUGAUGAAGAGUGUGUAGGUUGGGGUCCUGUUCUGGCCUCCCUGCAGGUCCCUGAACUCACAAUGGACGACUUCCUGUCCGAGAGCCAAACAGGAGGCAGCUUCCUGACGCUUUAUGCCUUCAUUUUGCAACGCCUCAACACCGAAUACACAGCAGCCAACGAGAGGAGGACUCUGGCUCUCAUCAACACCUGGACAUCCCAAGUCUUCCCCAGCAGACCAAGCGAUGAAGCCAAACUGUUCCUCUGGUGGCACAAGGCCCUCAGUAUCUCCGUGGAGCAACUGCAGCCACAAGCAGGGCAGACGGAAGUGUCGGGAGUCAUCAUGGGUCUGAUGAAGCUGCAAACCCGGCUGCUGCAGCUGGGAGAAGAACGACUCAACUCUGGACUGCUGGGUGCUAUUGGCCUCGGGAAGAGGUCUCCUGUUUCUACCAGGUUUAGGGUGGUGGUGCGAAGUCUGGCAGCUUUCCUCUCCAUCCAAGUGCCGUCAGAGACCGAGCUCAGACUCCAGCCAACUGCUGAUUUGCAGCUCUCUGCCAAAGCACAACAAACAUUGGGAAUGCUGGAGGCCAUGCUCAGCGCUAAGCAGAAUGCUGAAUUUGAAGACUCUGUGAAAAAGGCUCUGCAGUUCAUCCGAUACCCCGGACACUGUCUCAGAGAUGGACCCCGACUGCUCUCCUUAGUGGUCAACCUUCUCUAUCCGGACCUAAAAUACCUACACGUCAUUCGCUAACCUCAUCCUUAGCUCCCACUGGAUGUAGUUUUGUGCUGCAGAAUUUGCUGAUAUCUUCUCCCACUCUUCUCUCAACGCUAGAAGCAACCCUCAACUUAUUUAUAUGAGUGCCGAGUUUAUUUAGUCAUAGUAAAUUUGUUCUGAGCAGACUGAGAUGGCAGAAAGUUGACACACUUGAGGAUUUGGUUGCUUUAAAAUAAAGAGUGAAAUCCUGUUUCUCUUAAACAGUAAUAAACAAGAGGAAUUUCACUGACUUUUAGAAACAUUAAGAAAAUAAGUCAACACAGAUUUAUAUUAAAGGCACUCCCUUUAUUUUAAUUUAAAUGUGACCGAUCCUUUUGCAAAGCUGCCAAAAGGCCUGAGGUUGGGCUUUGAAACAAAUUAGUGAUGCAGCUCAUCCUCACAGUCACCUGCAGUGGGAUUUUAGGAUUAACCUGCCAAACUCUGCAGAUUUCAGGAACUUCAAGAUCCCAAAAUUACUACAGGCAUUAUCAGUCUGCAGACAAAAAUUUCAAUGAAGCACAAACUUUUCCAGUAUAAAUCUAUAUACUAAAUCGCCUUCAGCAAACAAGCCUCUGCGUGACUGCAGUGGACGUUGCAAAUGUAUAGUUUUGGACUGGUGAUGAAUCACAAAACCAGUCGGCAAUCUGAAACUUUUCUCUUGGCUGACAUUUUUUUAGCACUUUACGUUCUCAUGCCUUGUUGAUGCCUUGUUGCUUUUUAAAUACCAAGUUACGAAUAGUUUGUUUCAAUUAGAAACAGAAAGGCUGCUGCAUCUAUCAAUAUUUAUUGAAGCAGAAUUCAGGAAUCAGAAUUCAGUUUUAGAUGCAAAUUUGACGCUUGUGUGUGAUUGAAAAAAUGUGUGUUUGAAGAUAGUAGGCAUGAAUUUAAUAAGCCUGUUCGAGUGAAGAAAGAACAUUCAAGCAUGUAUAGCUUUACUACUAAUGUUUUGGUACAAUGUGAAAAUGUUGAUUUAAAGUACUGUAUGGAGUGGGCAGGUUUCUGUCUGACUCAAUCCCGUUUUGUUGCAGUAUUAUUCAUGUCAAAGUGCUCUCCUUUCCUUCCUGCCAAAGAUGUUGCUCGGCUAACCGGAACCCUUUUCUCCGCUGAUGGUUUCUCUGGGAUGUACAGGACGACUAAAUUAGGUGCCAAACUGUGUCCACUGUACAGUCAAGGCUGUCUGCACAUUCAAUCACCCUCUCCGGUUCAGCACUUCCGUUGCUCCGUGCCAUCUCGAUAACAACGGAGCAGCACUUCAGCAGCCUGGAGCUUGCCUUAUUGCAGGUGUUACCUGGGGAGAGUUAAUGGCUAAAGCAAAUCUUUUUUUAUGAGUCAUGGAUCUGGAGUGAAUGUGCAGCAGAAAUAACUAUAAAGCAGAGCUAUGGAGACAAGUAAAUAAAGUUGAUUGAAUCUC